AUGGCGGAAACGAUCGGCUCAGAGAUCACGUCUGGUUCGUCCAUGUCUGAGAAAUCCGCCAAAAUCUUCGUCGCUGGUCAUCGCGGUUUAGUUGGAUCUGCCAUUGUCCGGAAGCUUGAGGAACUUGGUUUCACCAAUCUCGUUCUUCGAACACACCACGAGCUUGAUCUCACUCGUCAAGCCGAUGUUGAAUCUUUCUUUGCUCAAGAGAAACCAGUUUAUGUAAUCUUAGCAGCAGCUAAAGUUGGUGGGAUUCAUGCUAACAACACUUAUCCUGCUGAUUUCAUCGGUGUUAAUCUUCAGAUCCAGACCAAUGUGAUCCACUCUGCUUACGAACACGGCGUGAAGAAGCUUCUCUUCCUUGGAUCGUCUUGCAUUUACCCCAAAUUCGCUCCUCAGCCGAUUCCUGAGUCUGCUUUGUUAACCGGGCCGCUUGAACCGACUAACGAGUGGUACGCCAUUGCUAAGAUCGCUGGGAUCAAGACUUGCCAGGCUUACCGCAUUCAGCACGGAUGGGAUGCAAUCUCUGGGAUGCCAACUAAUCUCUAUGGUCCAAAUGACAACUUCCACCCGCAGAACUCGCACGUGCUUCCUGCUCUUAUGAGGAGGUUUCACGAGGCGAAAGUGAAUGGAGCGGAGGAAGUUGUUGUGUGGGGUACAGGAAGUCCGUUGAGGGAGUUCUUGCACGUCGAUGAUUUGGCUGAUGCUUGUGUUUUCUUGUUGGGUCGAUACAGCGGGUUGGAGCAUGUUAACAUUGGAAGUGGUCAAGAAGUGACGAUCAAAGAGUUGGCUGAAUUGGUGAAAGAAGUCGUCGGUUUUGAAGGGAAGCUCGGAUGGGAUUGCACUAAGCCCGAUGGGACGCCGAGGAAACUGAUGGACAGCUCGAAGCUCGCAUCUUUGGGUUGGACACCGAAGGUUUCUCUCAGAGAUGGUCUUCGUCAGACUUAUGAUUGGUAUUUGGAGAAUGUUUGUGCAGCCAACCAGUAA